GUCACAAACGGAAAGACAAAGCAGUAGGAGGAGGAGAAGAGAUCAGUGGCGGCCUCUUGGGAUAGCUCCAACAGAGUAAAAUGAACGCCGCCCCCCCGGCAGGAAGCGCCCUGGCACCUGGCGGGGCCACUGGCCCCACCACACCCAAGAAGGGCCCACCCAAAUUCAAGCAGAGGCAGACUCGCACAUUCAAGAGCAAGGCCCCCAAACCAGGCCAAAAAGGGUUUGGUGAUGACAUUCCCGGCAUGGAGGGUCUUGGCACAGACAUCACGGUCGUGUGCCCAUGGGAAGCCUUUGGCGACAUGGAGCUCAGCGACCUGGCCAAAUACGGCAUCAUUUAAAGCUCUUUUCCUCUCUGCGUCAACGCUCGGCUCGUCGGGAUAAGGCGGCCAGCGACCCCCUUAAUGCCCUUCUCGUCAUCUACCUCUUGCCUCUCUCCACUAAGUGGAAGGAGAGCUUAAUGACUCUUAUUUUUUUAUUAUUAUCCAUAUCAUACUGUUUUACAGUAUAUAAAACACUUGAUUGACGAGAAAUUCGUGACGUACCCUUUCCUUUCUAACUUUCCUUCUAUCAUAGAGUGCCACCUACCCAACCCACGCCAAAGGACGCGAGUAAAACUGGUCGAAACUAGUUUGAUUUGCUUCUAGCUGUCGAUUUAAGUGUAAAUACUUUGUACCGUGUUUCCACUUGUUCCCUUUUUUACUUGUAUCCUUGUUAUAUUGCAUUGGAAGACUUCACAAGGUCACUGUAAACAUCAAGGAGAGAAUGCAGGACGCUGUACUGGUGAACACUAUAAUGCACUUUCACCCCCUUUAAAAUCCUUUCUAUUCUCCCUUCCUAGAGAUGGUUGAUACUGUACUUUACUGCAAAUUUGUCGCAAGCACAAAACAGAGCAAAUGUAAUGUGAACUGACGCGUCUGAAUAGUUGCAUUAAAUGGCUUUCUUUUUGGAAUUA